AUGAAUGACUACUACAAAAGGGCAUUCUUUUUUUGCGAUCAGCAAAUACCGAAGGCAAAAGCACUUCAACGAACAAUAAACCGUGCUGUUAGAAGGGGCUCAAAAUUAUCUAGCUACAUGGAUCUUGACGAAGAUUCGGUUCAAGAACUGGAGGAUUAUCGUACGUACAUAAAUAAAUUAUGUCGCGAGCUGGAAUCGAGGAUCGAUCAGGAGGGAAAGGUCUCUCAUUCUGGUGUAUCAUCCAAAUCUGACGACUUACUAUCGUCUUCGUGGCUGUUGAAAAUGAGUGAUAGUGAUUUCAUUCCUGAAUAUAAACCAACCGAUAUCGCCAUUAAGUUAUCUAAUGAAUUUCAUCACACUUUUGGUACAGAAUGCAGUUUUGUAGUUCGAGCUCCUGGUCGAGUAAAUCUUAUUGGCGAACAUAUUGAUUAUAAUGGUUAUCCUGUACUACCGAUGGCGUUAGAACAAGCAGUUUAUAUAUCUGUAGGUCCAACAUCUGGAUCUGAUUUGGAUAAGAUCGUCCUUAGAAGCACAGAUACUCAAUACAGGCCUAUUAAAAUUCCGAUUACAGAAGCCAUAACAUUUGGUUGUGAAGGUUCGCCUGACUCGCCUGAGUGGUUUCAUUAUUUUCAGUGUGCGUAUCGAGGAAUAAAAGACUAUGUAGACAAGUUGAAUUUGGAUUGGACUCCUCCUAGUCUAAAUGUACUAGUUGGUGAUGUUGAAUAUGGUGGUUUAUGGCCAGCUGCUGGUCUUUCAAGCAGUAGCGCUUUCGUAGUUGCUUCUGCCAUAGCAAUUAUGCGAAUAUCUGGUUUAAAAAUAAGUAGACAUGAAUUAGCAAGUUUAUGUGCGAAAUGUGAGCAGUAUAUUGGUAUGCAAGGUGGUGGAAUGGAUCAAGCUGCAAGUGUUCUAGCAGUUGAAAAUAAUGCCUUAAUGAUUGAGUUUACCAAACCAUUUGUCACAGUCAGUCCUAUUCAAUUGCCAUCUGAUAUGGUUUUUGUGAUAGCUCAUUCGGGUGUACACGCUCGCAAAGCUGCUACAUCAUAUUAUAACGAACGUGUGGCAGAAUGUCGAUUAGCUGCUAAAAUAUUAGUUCGAAAUAGCCCGCAUAUAACUGAACCUUCUAAUUAUUCAUCCAUUACACCCUUAUGUCUCAGUGAUGCACAAAAGUUAUGGAAAGCAGUUUCACCUGAUGAAAUGAUACGCAUUCAAAAGGAUGGACUCUCAAUUGUAACUAGAUAUCUACCAAGUGAUAUUACUAGUCGAGAAAAUCUCUGUAAUUUAGGCUUGACUAGUCCAAUUAUUGAAGGGUGCUUAACAGAAAAUACUAAAACAAUGAACCACUUCUAUUUAAGAGAUCGUGCAGAACAUGUAUACUCUGAGGCUGAACGGGUUUUUAAAUUUUACAAUAUAUGCAAAAAGAUAUUUAGUAAUAAUGAUUCGAAAACGAAUUAUAUUAAUUAUAUGCAGUUGUUAGGAGAUUUAAUGAAUCAAAGUCAAUUAUCUUGUGCUAAUCUUUAUCAGUGUUCUUGUCGUGAAUUGGAUAAAUUAAUAAGUGUUUGCAGAUCAGCUGGUGCUUUCGGUAGUCGUCUAACUGGAGCAGGUUGGGGUGGUUGCACCGUAUCAUUAGUGAAAAAAUCUAAUGCGGAACAAUUCAUUGCAAAAGUACGCGAAGAAUUCUAUAAUGUGAUUGGUGCUGGCAGUAACAACGACUUGAUAUUCGUUAGUCAACCAGGUCGUCCAGCUGGAAUAAUGGUUAUUUGA